ACAUUUUUGUCCCGGCUUGUCUUUCAGAAAUUCUUUUGGUGUUUGUUUUUUUUCUCUCCGCAGGUCAUCAAAGUUGGAGUGGAGACCACUUGUAAAUGCCACGGGGUUUCCGGCUCGUGCACCGUACGGACGUGUUGGCGCCAGCUCUCCCCGUUCCACGAGAUCGGCAAGCAGCUCAAGCAGAAAUACGAGACGGCCCUCAAAGUGGUGAGCACCACCAACGAGGCCACGGGAGAAGGGGACAUCUCCCCACCCAAGAAGUCCAUCCUGGGACACGGUGACCAGAUCCCCAGAACUACAGAUUUGGUUUAUCUCGACGAUUCCCCGAGCUUUUGCUUAAACAGCCGGUUCUCCUCCGGGACGUCCGGCCGGAAAUGUUACAAAGACAAGAACUGCGACAGCAUCUGCUGCGGACGGGGACACAACAUUCAAAGCCGUGUAGUCACUCGUCCGUGCCAAUGUCAGGUCCGCUGGUGCUGUUACGUGGAGUGCAAGCAGUGUACGCAGAGAGAGGAGGUUUACACGUGCAAGGACUGAAGGAGUUGUGUCCGACGAGCCCCAAUUUCGGGGACGGAUCCUCCUUGCCCCUUUCUUCAAGACACAAACAAACAAACAAACAAAUCCGGGGGACCUCCGGCGAGACGGCCGAGCGCGACCCUGACGUGAUGGAAGCACUUUGAGGGGGUUCCGUGCCUUGCUGACCCUGCCUCUUUCUCAGCAAAGAGAUUUUGGACGCCAGCAUCAAUGGAAGACCCCUUGCGAUGUCCAAGAUGAUGGCUCGGAGACCAAGAAGGAAUCUUCUCUCUUCUUGACCAGGAUGUGAAGGCUGGAUAGUCCACCUUUCAUGUUUGUUCCCCUCCUGAGAAUUCUCUUGGACCUGGAUGGUUCCACUUCGUUUUGCGAGAGAACUCCUGAAGACCUUCAACUGCAGAAGAUGUUCUAGGGAGAAGAAGGCCCUAGAACGAGUUUUUUUUUUUAAAAAAAAAGUAAUUUAUGGAGCUUCUGGGCACCAGAAAGCCCAAAUCAGAAGCCACAUCCCAUUAAGCUGGUGAGGUCACUACACAAGGACAGAUCCUCAACGUUCCUUCUGACAGCUUGUUGUAGCAGAUGGUGGUUGGAUUUUUUUGGUUUUUUUUUCCUUAUUUCCCCCUUGUGUGCCCUCCACCUCUCUUUCUUUGCUCUCCUUUGCAAUCCACUUGGUGAAUUUGGGAAACCACUAGCGGCAAAAGGAGCCUGCGAUCUUCUCAACCGGCAUUUUGACUCCUUUGGUGAUUUAAUUAGGACUUGUUUUUUGUUUGUUCUGCCCUGAUUUCUCUUCUUAUGACUUCAGUUGGCACCCGAGGCCGCUUCGAAACCAGCGUGACGUCCUGGCUGGGAAUGCCAUUUGGCACUUGGCCUUCGGAAGACGGAGAAAAUGCAUCACCUUCGAGACGAUGAUCCGGCUUUCGAUUUUGUUUUUUUCCCACGUCUGGAUCACGGCGUCCAAGAAUGCGUGUCUCCUGAGGAUCGCAUUUCACCCGCCUUCCUCCGUGCCGAUGAUAUUCUCUGGGGCCAAUUAAAAGCCUGUUUCUUAAAAAAAAAAAAAAAAGA